AUGGGGGUACGUGUCCCGCCGAAGGUCCCCGGCGUUGGGCGCCAUGUCAAAACCAUAGCCAGCGUGGUCAUACUUCUGUGCAGUUUUUAUAUUGGAUUCACAAGUAUACAUAAAGGUUGGCUUGGGGCUGUGAACUUAAUACCAUACGUUAUCGUAUUCGGGUGGGGGUUUUGGCGGGAAGUGAAAGAGGAAGUGAGAAAGAAACGGUUCGAUGCUCACCUCAACGCUGAGCAACUGACUUCGAUCCUUGACCUGCGCCGCGUCGUGGAAGAUGUCGAAGCGCAUACGGAACGGAAGCGCACCUGGAAAAAUUACUCGACGCGACAGUACUGGAGGCUGUCCAAGCUACCGUCCAAGCCAUCGCUGGCUGAGAUCGAGACGGCGUUCAAAGAAAGCGAAGAAGCCGUUGGACCUUACGAUAUCAAUGUGCCUGCGGCGUUCAUCAACCUGCUCGAGGCAUCUCGCUCGCAGAAGGACCUGGAUUUGGAACGAAUGAUGAUGGAGAAAUAUAUCCACUUCUUCGAGCACAUGAUGGGAAACGACAACGAGAUCUUGAUCCCAGGCUUAGCACGAGCCGGACAAUUGCACUUCGCGGCGGGAGAGUACGAGAGAAGCGCAGAAGAAUUGACUCGGGCAGUGGAGCUGCAAAACCAACACCAACGCAAAGAUCCAAACUGUCGUGCUCUGAUGGAACGCUCUUACUUCAUGUGUAUCAGAAAGACGCGCGCGAUGGCUUACUUCACGGCUAAGGACUAUGAAGCUGCUGAGCCUCUUUGUGUCGAGCUGCUGACUGAAGCGGAGCAAGAGGAGGGCAUGCUAAACACCGAACCAUGGGGCACACAGAUGGUAAGAGGCAUGCUGAUAGGCGUAUACGUCAAACGGGGCUGGAAAGCGUUGGCCGUCCCAGAAGAUGUAACCUCUGCCAACGUCGUUCUCCGCUAUCUGCGCGAUGCGCUCAUACUCGUCGCAGUACAUCCGUCUUUCUACGCGCACAACCUCAAGCAAGUAGGAAGCCUCUUUAUUCGAGCCGGCAGAAUCGCCGACGGCAACAUGACCUUUAGAUUGGCAAACACUGUCCACGAAGCCGGCAAGCGAUCGGGAGUACAACAGCGCAACUGUCUAUGCUCAAUUGGAGAAGUCGAGAAGCACGAGUUCAAGAGAUGCGACGCUUGCUCCAAUACAAUCGGUCUCGGCGACAGGUGGUUCUUUUGCCGGACUUGCGCGGAUGUCGAUCUCUGCGCGGAAUGCUAUGUCUGGUUCGGAAAGGGCAAAGACGAUGAGUGGAUAGAUGUGGGGAAGUUUCCUAGAAAGUGUUGGGAGCAUGAGUUCUAUGAGGUUAGGGAAGAUGAAAAGGCGGAGGGAGUGAAGGUGGAGCAGUGGAUGGCGGAGAUGAUUCAGGUCCUCAGUCUUGAGUUGAAGGAUGCUGGACGUGGGAGUGGAGCUUCUGUACGACAGUUACAAAAUGUGGAUGCUCAAUGCUAG